GUACUCCGGUUUCCUCCCACAUUCCAAAAAAAACAUGCAUGUUAGGCGACUCUAAAUUGUCCAUAGGUAUGAAUGUGAGUGUGAAUGGUUGUUUGUCUAUAUGUGCCCUGCGAUUGGCUGGCAACCACGCCUCUCGCCCGAAGUCAGCUGACCCUAAUGAGGAGAAGCAGCAUAUAAAAUGGAUGGAUGUUAAUUUGAUUUACACUAAUUAGAGUGCAUUAGUUAUUGCCUCAUUUAUAUUCUAUUAAUCACAGUAGUCAUGAGAACAGUCUGGAGUGUAAUCAAAGUCACCUUUAUUGGUCACAUACAGGGGGGACAUCUGGGGGACACGGGCUGCAAAUGGAAGGAUACGGGGGCCACUUUGCUGUUCAUCACCUUUAUCAAACUUUAUUAAACACGCUAAAACUAAUCUAAUCUAAAUCUAAAUAAGGGUCCACUAUUGUUGCCAGUGUUUGCAUUGGAGCUGGAAAAUGACUGCUCUUUUUUAUGUGCACUAAGCGCUGAUCUGGGUUCAGCUUCCGACUGGAGGAAGUCAGCCUCACUGCUUCCUUGAUUGUGUAAGCACCUGUGUCUGUCACGGGUGACACAGGACAGGACCACCUGAGACAGGCAGCAUGUGCAUCAGCCACACAUACCACACAUUAAAGUCCUCAUCUCAUCUUCCUCAGCUACAGUGCUGUGAUAGCGGCCACGUUGUCUAAGUAUCUUAAGUUGGGCACUCCUGUUGAUUGUGCUUGCAGAGGCAACCUGGGCCUUUUUCAAUGAUUGCCUUGAUCUUAUUAAACAGCUCAGGGUGUUAAAGCAAAACACGCGGAUUAUUGGUGUCAUGUGCACCCAAACCCAGAGGUGCUUACAGUGCAGAGCAAUGGAUUUUCAAAAGAAGGCAUGUUGGGAUCACAGUACAAUGAAGGCAGGUGGGCCACACUUAAAUCCUCUUAAACCUUGACCUCCUCUUAGUCUGAAGGUGUCAACAUACGACAGCAAUGAAAUAUAACAUAAGGUGUGACUACAUCUUAAACAUGCUUGAUCUCAUUGUUGUUACUUUAAAAUAAUUAUAAUUCAUAGAUGCAUAUAACUGACUUUCUCAACCAUAAAAAACUGCAUGCAGACAUCUGAUUGGUUGCAAAGUCUUCUUUAAAAAAAAGAAAGACAUUUUUUUCCCCCCACCCAAAUUACAUGAGUGAUGCUCCUGUUUUUCCAUUUGCUGCUGUCCCUCAGAUUAUUGCUCUCCAAAGACCCCUCCUCUUUCUCUCUAUGGUUAAAUAGCCAAGCAUCCUGUUUCACAGGGUUAGACAGCCCACUUUGCAUAGAGGGGGUUGCUUAAAAGAUAAUCCAGCACCUGCAACAUCUGAACAUAAGGAAUAGGGUAGACUUUAAAAUGUACUCUAACAGGAUCGAUGGACCUCGAAGGGGCAGAUCUUUUGACUCCAUGAACAUUGGCUUUGAAGAGAAACUACUUAACAACGAGAUAAACAAAUCAACCUUCACAAAAAUAGAAGAAAACACUGAGAAGAAUGUACCAGAAAAAGGCAGAGCAACAAUUAUCUUUUCCCUCAAGAAUGAAGUUGGAGGACUUGUGAAGGCGCUCAAACUCUUCCAAGAAAACCAUGUCAACCUUGUGCACAUUGAGUCCAGGAAAUCAAAAAGGCGCAACUCCGAGUUUGAAAUAUUUGUGGACUGCGACAGCAACCACGAACAACUCAAUGAAAUCAUCCAGCUGUUACAAAAGCAUGUGAACGUGGUGGACAUGGAGCCUCCAGAUAACUCCUGUCUACAAGAGGAAGAUAUGCAUAAUGUACCUUGGUUCCCAAAGAAAAUAUCUGACUUGGACAAGUGUGCAAAUCGUGUCCUGAUGUAUGGUUUGGAGUUGGAUGCUGAUCAUCCGGGUUUUAAGGACAAUGUCUACCGCAAAAGAAGAAAGUACUUUGCGGAUCUUGCGAUGUCCUACAAACAUGGUGAGGCAAUUCCUCGCAUUGAGUUCACAGAGGAGGAAGUGAAGACAUGGGGUGUUGUGUAUAGGGAGCUCAACAAGUUGUACCCCAGCCACGCAUGUCGGGAAUACCUAAAGAACCUGCCACUGCUGUCCAAAUACUGUGAAUGUCGAGAAGACAACAUUCCCCAACUAGAAGAUGUCUCUCGCUUUCUCAGGGAACGCACUGGGUUUACCAUCAGGCCUGUGGCUGGUUACCUGUCCCCUCGUGACUUCCUGGCCGGUUUGGCGUUUCGUGUUUUCCACUGCACUCAGUAUGUGCGGCACAGCUCUGACCCCUUAUACACUCCUGAGCCGGACACGUGCCAUGAGCUGCUGGGCCACGUCCCCUUGCUGGCGGAGCCCAGUUUUGCACAGUUUUCUCAGGAAAUCGGACUGGCUUCACUCGGUGCUUCAGACGACUCUGUUCAGAAACUGGCCACAUGCUAUUUCUUCACAGUUGAAUUUGGUUUAUGCAAGCAAGAAGGACAACUACGAGCAUAUGGGGCAGGACUGCUGUCAUCCAUCAGUGAGCUUAAGCAUGCACUCUCUGGUAAAGCAAGGAUAACGCCAUUUGACCCAAAAGUAACAUCCAAACAAGAAUGCAUCAUUACAACCUUUCAGGAUGUUUACUUUGUGUCAGACAGCUUUGAGGAGGCCAAAGUCAAGAUGAGAGAGUUUGCCAAGACCAUCAAGCGUCCCUUCACAAUACGAUACAACCCCUACACCCAGAGUGUGGAUGUGCUUAAAGACACUCCCAGCAUUAACAGUGUCGUAGAGGAGCUCCGACAUGAGCUCGACAUCGUGGGUGAUGCUCUGAACCGCCUCAACAAGCAGCUGGGUGUCUGACCCUCCAAAAUCCCCUUGCAGCCAGUCAGUGUGUCCUGCUCAAGCUGCUGUAGAGAUGCUACUUGUGUAUCAGCCCUUUGUCAUUACGAUGAAUGUGCACUGAUUUUGGCCAAAACACCCUGGUGUUCUCCCUUUGCAUGGCACAGGCUAAUACAAUGUACAGUGGCACUAAUUGCUACGAUAGCAGUGAACUGCACAAACCCAAAGAGCAUUCCGUUUUUACCUAAUUGGCUUAAUGUACAUCCUGCAAGCUGUCUGUGUGCUUUUGUACCAAAAAUCCCCUUUUACUCCUGUUGUUAACUCUGCUGUUGUAUAUGAUGAUGUGAUAUUUUUUGUAUUUUCUUUCAUUAUCAGUUUAACCUUCCACACUUCAGUGAUUAUAUAUAAAAUGUACCUUUGUAUUCUUUAUGUGAAUGUAACCUGUUCCUUUCCUUGUGUUGUUGAAAGAAAUCAUUCCAGUGAUAUAAAAGUAUUUUGGUGGUUUAUGGUUUAUGAUGACAGUCCCAUGCACACCUGCCUACUUUUUUUCACACUAAUAAUUAAAAAUACCUCCAAUUAAAUAUAACUGUGGUACUCCUGGAAUCAAAAUAUUUUUCUAACUACCAAUAUAUAGUCAUAAUCAGUAGGAUAUGUACACAAAUGUAAAAAAAAAAAUGUUUAUUGUGUCAAAAUUGUUGCCUCAAC